GAUCGGAGCCCGGCCGCGCCGCCGCCUCCUCCCGAUUUCCCGGCGGUUUAUACCCAAAACCCAAGACAGAACUUUUGAAAUUUUAAAAAAGAAAAGCUGUAAAGUUGCUGUGGGAAAAACAAGAUCCACCUCGAACCCCUCCUUCUGUCAAAGGGGCAAAAAAACUCUUCUCUGAGAAAGAUUUCAUCUUUUUCCCUUUUCUUGAUUCGGAAUCUUGGAAUUCCGGCGGGUUUCCGGUCGGAGAUUCUGCGGAAGAUAUGAGGGAAGAUGAGUCGAAUUGGUUUGCUAAAUGGGAAGACGAGCUUCCAUCUCCGGAUGAGCUCACCCCUUUAUCCCAAACCCUAAUUACUCCUGAUCUAGCCUUAGCUUUCGAUAUCCCCAAUCCCCAGUCUCAGAAUCUCCCUCCGGCGGCUCUAACGCCCUUGAUGGCGGACUCCUCCGCGGAAUUCGACUCGGCUGAUCUGGGCGGCGGCGGCGGAGGCAGCGGCGGCGGGGCUUCCGGUUCCGGCGGCGGGGGAGACGAGCCGGCCCGGACCCUGAAACGGCCGCGCCUCGUGUGGACCCCGCAGCUCCACAAGCGGUUCGUCGACGCCGUGGCCCACUUGGGGAUCAAGAAUGCUGUCCCGAAGACGAUAAUGCAGCUGAUGAGCGUCGACGGGUUGACCCGCGAGAACGUCGCCAGCCAUUUGCAGAAGUACCGGCUUUAUCUGAAGCGGAUGCAAGGUCUCUCCAAUGGAGGCGGCGGCGGGAAUUCCGCAUCUGGUGGGGUGGAUCCGGCGACGGACCACUUGUUCGCGAGCUCUCCGGUGCCGCCGCAUUUCCUGCACCCAGUGAGGUCGAAUUCCGACCACUUCUUGCCGUUUGUUCCGGUCACCACCGCUACAGGAAUGCAACACCCCGGCCACCAGAUGGCGGCGGCGGCGGUGGUCGGACACCACCCGCAGUUCCAGCCGCCGUAUCGGCAUUUCGGGUCGCCCCCGAACGGGCACUUUGAUCAUUCUUCAUUCUUGUCCCGACACUCACAGAGUCCGAUGCACAGGAUGGGAGGAGGAGGAGGAGCACCACCGUAUGUAGACGACGUCGAAUCCGCCACGUCAGCUAACCGGAGGAAAGUUCUUACUCUGUUUCCCACCGGCGGCGAUUGAUUUCAAAUGGGUAAAACUGUAAUUUGACCCCUCCUUUUUCUUGUCCAAAUCCAUUUGUCCCAUACACAGUUAAUUGCCAAAAUUCAUGUCUGCAAAUGGUGGAAUAACAUCUCUUCUUCUUCUCCCACAAUUGUCUCAAUCCUCUGCUCAAAGCCAUCCAUUGUUUCUUCUUCUUCUUCUUCUGUUGUUUUUCUUUGUAAGGUUACGCAGUUUAGAUGGAUUGCACAUAUUGUGGGGGUAAAAUUGUAAAUUCAAGAUGAGGAUGAGGUGCUUUAUCUGUUGGCUUCUAGUGGGAUUGGCCUUUUUUUUCAUUAUCCUCACAUGCAAAUAAUGUUGAUGUAAACAGUGCCCCCCACUGAUAAUGUUUCAAAGAAUCUAUGGUUCCUUUCUAGGGGUUGUUGUUUACUGUUCUGCUAGUCUAGGGGUGGGGUUGGGGGGUAUGGUGUCCUUGUAGAUAUUGAUUGUGAAGCAACAAUGCCCAAAUCUGGACCAUACAAAUGGGGUAGUGUUGAAGACAACCACUGCAGUGUGGAGAUCUAAGGGCAAAGCUGGGUUUUUCAUCCAGGUUCACUGCACAUAUAUAUCCCUGUCUGGGAAGUGAAAU